AGCCGCCGGCGCGCCAUACGAACGACGACGGGUCGCGCACUACCAGUAGGGCGCUGGUCGGCUCCGAAACCCCGAAGAAGAAGAAGAAGAACAGAAUAAGGAAGAAGACGAAGAGGAAGAAGCCGAAGAAGAAGCGGUGAGGUGGAAGAAAAGUGGUAGAAAAUUACAUUACGACGAUUCUGUUUGAAACAAUAAACGACUGAACGUAGCACCAGACAUCGAGGCGAGAAGCUGUUUUAGACGAGACAGAGCCCGAGGAAGAAACGAAUCUCUCGGUUACAAACGAGGAACAAAGCUUACUUCGUGAAAGUCGCGAGUGAUCUAAGCGGACAGGAUGUCUUCAGCGGUCGCUAAAGCUUCCAAAUACACGUACCGCUCCACCGGCGGUGGUACUGCCGAUGUCAGCAUCGAAUACAGCGCCGACCUGAGCGCUCUCACCAGACUGGAGGACAAAAUCCGCCUGCUGCAGGAUGACCUGGAGUCUGAAAGAGAGCUGCGUCAGAGGAUCGAACGCGAGCGCGCUGAUUUGAGCGUGCAAGUCAUUCAGCUGUCCGAACGUCUCGAAGAGGCGGAAGGUGGCGCCGAAUCUCAAUUCGAGAUCAACAAAAAGAGGGACACGGAACUGGCUAAGCUGCGUAAACUACUCGAAGAUGUUCAUCUCGAGAGCGAGGAGACCGCGCACCUUCUGCGUAAGAAGCACCAGGAAGUCGUUGUCGAUUUCCAAGAUCAGAUCGACCAACUUUCGAAAGCACGAGCCAGAGCUGACAAGGAAAAAUCGAAGUUUCAACAAGAGGUAUACGAACUCCUCGCUCAGCUCGACAAUGUCUCCAAGGAGAAGUUGAUGUCGAUAAAGACCGUGGAGAAGCUUGAAGUGCACGUAGCUGAGCUUAACGUGAAAAUUGAAGAACUGAACCGCACUAUCAUCGACAUCACCAACCAUAAAACCCGGAUCUCACAGGAAAAUAUCGAGCUGACGAAGGAAGUGCAGGACUUGAAGGUUUCUAUCGAGAACGUUGUUUACCUGAAGACCCAGAUCGCAGGUCAGCUCGAGGACGCUCGUAGACGCCUCGAGGAUGAGGAACGUCGUCGUUCAUUGGUCGAGGCUUCCUUACACCAGGUUGAAUCGGAAUUGGAGUCCGUUCGCAUUCAAUUGGAAGAAGAAUCCGAAGCUCGUUUGGACAUUGAACGCCAGUUGGUCAAGGCCAACGGUGAAGUGCAAGUUUGGAGAUCGAAAUAUGAAACUGAAGCUAAUGCUCGCGCCGAAGAGGUAGAGGAACUGCGCCGCAAGUACAGCGCUCGCAUUCAGGAACAGGAAGAGCAGAUUGAAACCCUGCUCGUAAAGAUCAACAACCUCGAGAAGCAGAAAUCUCGUCUUCAAUCUGAAGUAGAAGUGUUGAUUAUUGAUUUGGAGAAGGCCAAUGGAACAGCGCGUGAACUGCAGAAACGCGUGGAACAAUUGGAGAAGAUCAACAUCGAACUCAAGGCUCGUUUGGACGAAAGUGUGGCAAUGUAUGAACAAAGCCAACGCGAUCUCCGCAACAAACAACAGGAACUCCAGCGUACCAAUGCUGAACUCGACAAGACUCGCGAGCUUAAAGACCAACUGGCUCGUGAAAAUAAAAAACUGGGAGAUGACCUGAACGAUGCCAAGAAUCAACUAUCUGACAUGAACCGCAGACUUCACGAACUGGAACUUGAACUCCGCCGAUUGGAGAACGAACGUGAAGAACUCGCUGCUGCUUACAAAGAAGCUGAAGCAGGACGUAAGAUUGAAGAACAACGCGCUCAAAGACUAUCCGCUGAAUUGACCCAACUUCGUCACGAUUACGAACGCCGCCUGACCGAGAAGGAUGAAGAAAUUGAGAUCAUCCGCAAACAGACCAGUAUCGAGAUCGAGCAGCUGAACGCCCGUGUGGUCGAGGCGGAGACGAAGCUGAAGACCGAGGUGCAGCGCGUGAAGAAGAAGAUGCAGAUCCAAAUCACCGAGCUGGAGCUGUCCCUCGACGUUGCUAACAAGAACAAUAUCGACUUGCAGAAGACCAUCAAGAAGCAGUCGCUCACUUUGACCGAACUCCAAGCCCACUACGACGAAGUUCAACGCCAAUUACAGGUAACCCUAGACCAACUGGGUAUCAGUCAACGACGUCUGCAAUCGUUGACGGCCGAGCUCGAGGAAGUGCGCGGCAAUUAUGAAUCUGCCCUCCGUGCAAAGAGAACCGUCGAGCAACAGUACGAGGAGUCGGUUAGCCGCAUCAACGAGCUGACCACCAUAAACGUGAACAUCGCCUCGUCGAAAGCGAAACUUGAGCAAGAACUGGCUACCCUGGCCGGAGACUACGAGGAAGUGACCAAGGAGCUGAGAGUGAGCGACGAAAGAUACCAACGGGUGCAGAAUGAGCUGAAGCACACCGUCGAGAUCUUGCAUGAAGAACAAGAGCGUAUCGUGAAGAUCGAGGCCAUCAAGAAGUCCCUCGAAAUCGAGGUGAAGAACCUAUCCGUCAGGUUGGAGGAAGUCGAGGCCAAUGCCAUCGUCGGCGGCAAGCGUAUCAUCAGCAAACUCGAGGCUAGGAUCCGCGAUCUGGAACUCGAGCUCGACGAAGAGAAGCGCCGACACUCUGAGACCGUGAAGAUCCUCCGUAAGAAGGAGCGCAACAUCAAGGAGGUGAUGAUCCAGGUAGAGGAGGACGCGAAGAACAUCGCGUUGCUGCAAGAGUCGCUCGAUAAGGCGUCUCAGAAAGUGAGCAUCUACAAGAGGCAGCUGCAAGAGCAGGAGGGCAUGUCCCAGCAGAGCGUGACCAGGGUCCGCCGAUUCCAAAGGGAACUGGAGGCUGCUGAAGACCGAGCCGACACCGCUGAGAGCAACUUGACUCUGAUCCGCGCAAAACACCGCAGCUUCGUCACCACCUCCAGCGUGCCCGGAUCUCAGGUGUACCUCGUCCAGGAGACGAGGCCUGACCUGUAAAAACGCCAUCAUCAUCGACAACCCCACCCUUUGCCACUUCGAACGCCACCUCGUCGUCUUUAGAAACGUGUAACGAGCAAACGACGAAGAAAAGGAAGAGCCUCGAUAUAUCAUCGUAAGUUGAAAAGGCCGAGAAGAGUUUCCAACGGGCCGCCAAUCGCAAACGUCGUAAGGGAAAAGCAAAGAUAAAGAAAACGAAAAAAAAAGAAUAAAAAUUGGAAUGCGAAAGUCUGUGUCGUUACAUUUAAUUGUAUCACGACAGCGCCCAACGACCCGUCGUAAAUUCGAGAUACUUGGCCAACGAAACACGCGGUACCCGUCGCAACGAACCAAACAAACGCAAAAACCCAAAAGGCAAAAGCAUCGUGAAGAAGCAUCAUGAAGAAAGCAAUCAUCAUAAAACGCAUGGCAUCAUCGUUAGUCGAUUAAAUGGAUUAAACAGCCGAAAAGAAAAAAAAUGAAAAUAUAUACACGCAUACAUAUUAUAUAAUAUAUACACGCAGAAAAAUCAACAACGAUUCGUUAUAUCUUCCUUUGUAUCUGUUAUGUCAGCAUCACGAAGCGUAAGGAGUGGAAAUGUUAUAAAUAAACAAAUAUAUAUAUAAUUAAAUAAAUGAGGAAAAAUGAAACGAAAUUAAUCAAUAAAACGCGAGACGUAGAUUUAACUUUAAUCUCUAUCUCUCCUUACGCCUCUUUGAUCGCGCGUGUCGCACUUGUAUUUAAAUGGAUUAACUUUAAUUCUACUUCUACUAUUAUGUUAUAGAUAGGUACUAUUGCCCAUACACACAACUCUCACUGUACGACAUACACGAUAACCUGUGUCAAACAAUAAUUUAAUAAAUAAACUGAAACACGUACGUACGAA